UCCGUUCAGGGUUAGAAUCUGACCAGUCCUGAUUCCAUACAGGGCAGAAAAAAAAACACUGAAGGAAAAAUAUAAAUACAUACAUACAGAAACCAGAAAAAGAGAAACAUUUUUUUAUAUUUGAAUCCUUGCUUGUUUCCAUGAGAUUUUUAAUCACUGCAAUGACAAAGAUGAGCGUUUCAUCUUCAUCUUCAUCAUCUUCAUCAUCUUGUUUGCUGCUCAUUUCUUUGAUGCUCCUCGCUGUCUCCUGUCAGGGGAGACCGGAUCUGCAGCACAGAAACCACAAGAGCCAGCUGGCGGAUCUGUUCGGUGUCGAGGUCGCCGCUCUGCUUGAAGACGCGGGCGCCGCCGAGGGCUCAUCGGGGGAGCAGGCGGCGCUAAACCAGCGGGCACCCCCGAGCAUCCGCGCCCUGCACCCCCAUUUCGGGAGACUCGGUCUGCGGGAUGACCUGGAGGCCGAGCCCCCGGCCGAGAACAAGCCGCAUCGCCGCCUGCUGAAAGAUUUCAUGAGCAGUCGGAAGAUGUUCCGCGGGCGCACGAAGAAAAUGCAACAAGGACGAGGCUGCUUCGGAAUGAAACUGGACCGCAUCGGGUCCAUGAGCGGACUCGGCUGUUAGGCGAGUCGAGACCCCAUCGCUAGAGGGCGCGCUUCCCUCAUCACUGUCCAGACUGGGAGCCUCGAUCUCUCACGCCAGCCUAUUCUCUUCAGAAAACAAACUUUAUUAUUUUUGUAUUUUUUUUUCUUUGUAGGACACUUAUUGGAUUUCAGGCUUCUGUUCAGAGAAUUUCUGCUCUACAGUCUGCAAACUUUAAACUGGAGGAACAGAGGAUUCAAGUAAAAAAAAAAAAACCCAGCUCCGAACAGCUUUAUGCGCUGAAAUUAAAAAAAAAAAUGAUUCAGGCUCUAUUUGCAAAAUUUCAAAGACUUAAGGACUGUUUUUUAGGACUUUUCUUUUAAUUCUCUGUGGUUAAUCCUUUAGUAUACGAAACGAAUAAACUUCUCUAAAAUAAAAAAAGGGUUUUAUUAACUAUAAUGUUGACCAAAUUAAUUAAAAGCUUUACAAAUACAUAAAUAAAUAAACAGUCUUUUGGUUAAAAACAUUCCUUGACCAGCUGUGACGAGAAACCACACUCAAAAAUGAAAUAAAUUUGAAAGCAAAAUUAUAAAGCUCAGAAGUGCUGUGGACCUGUCUUCGUCUGAAAGCUUUGUCAAAAUACAAAAGUGUUUCAGCUGCGGAGCCUUUCAAACCAAAAACUACCCUGUUAUUAUUGAUUUUUAUUAUUGAUUUGGACAUUUUUAGACCGUUACUCCAGUUUUUAAAGACAGCUAGACUUCUACUCGAGAUUCUGUGUCAGUUAACUUGAAACUUUUUUUUUUUAUUAUCAUUUAAUCUGUGUUUGUAUUUAUUUAAUUUUUAAAAUUUUGACUCCUGGUUUAACGGAGACCAGCAAGACUUGUUUGUGACGUAAUGUUUUUGUUUUGUUUUGUUUUUUCAAAUGUGAGCCCGCUGGUUUAGCGUGUGCGUCAAUGUGUGUGCGUCUUAAUUUAAAAAAAAUUAAAAAAUGAUCUCCACCUGAGAUAAAAUCUGGAGCAUGGUGUGUAAUUCAAAUUGUCAUGUAACUCGACUCUUUACGUAUUGCUAUAAAUAUAUAUAAAACAAGGAUUUUAAAAAAGUCGACAGUGCGUGCAGCAAACUGUAGUUCCCACAGCUGACUAAGAGGGCGCCACUAAUGCAACAAGACCGCGCUGUGAGUCUGAGAUGUGCCAAUAGCGCCCCCGUGUGGUAUCCUCUGGAACUUGCUUCUUAGUAAAAUUUUGAAGAAUAGUUUCAACGCUGAACCCAUUACUUUCUAUCACUCGUUGUACACAGUGAGGAAAAUACUCAAUGCUGCUGAGCUAUUGAAAGUGCUAUAUAUAUAUAUAUAUAAUUUGUGGAUUUUCUUGUUCCA